GCCGUAUUUUCCGUCUCACAUUUUCCUGCUAGAAUUUAAUUUUUCUUCUCUAUUGGAUUUAUAAUCGCCUCAGAACAAUGACAAGCUGAGAUAAUCGCACAGUCCAUACUGUCUAUGGAUUUACGAAUACUCAUGAAGUCUGUCUAUCAAGACUGCCUAUAGCAUUUUACAACCUUAUUUAUUAAACGGUUGUCAUAGCACCGUAACAGUUACCAUGGAAUUCACCAAAGAGAAUAUAACACUACGUUAGAGAAUUCACCUCAGAGAAUUCACGAAUGCUUAUUGUCAAUAAGACGUGAAUACAGCAAAUUUAGCAGCAAAAAAUAAUCCAUGGACGAGAAAUUGGCACGCAUAACACGCAUGAGAAGUAAGGCAUCCAUAAGAAUUGCGUAUGGAACUAGACCUGUGGUACGAACGGUUCACGACCUUUGAAUAUGAUGAAAAAUGAAUAUCAAAAGUAUGGCAAAUUCGUAAACGGCUUGAUAAAGACAUUCGUUCGGGUCAAACAAAACAGAUGGGCAUAUACAUGAGUAAAUAUGUUGAUUUUUUGCUAUUGAUCAUUGUUUACUUGAAUAAACACCGAUAAGAAACAGUAUACUUCCAUUGGGGUACAAACAGAUUACCAAACUGACCUCCUCGAACUCAGAUAAAUCUUCGUUCAUAGCAAAUAACAGUUUAUUUCACUAUCGUUUGCUGACGUGAAGUGAACGCUUCACUUAAACGAGCGCUGAUGAAAACUGACGAAAAUCAGGAGAAAGAAGAUAAACGAGAAAGGAACUUUAAUAAUCCAAGCGCAAGGAUGCCGAACAUUAAAGUGUUUACGGGAAGUUCUCACCCUGAAAUUGCGAAGAAAAUUGUAGCACGUUUGGGUAUCAAUCUGGGGAGAGCUACCACGAAAAAGUUCAGCAAUAAAGAAACAAAUGUCGAAAUUGGAGAAUCGGUGAGAGGCGAAGAUGUAUACAUAGUACAGAGUGGAUGUGGCGAAAUCAACGAUAAUUUGAUGGAGCUGUUUAUUAUGAUCAACGCUUGCAAGAUCGCGUCAGCUUCAAGAGUGACUGCUGUCAUUCCUUGCUUCCCAUACUCACGACAAGACAAGAAGGAAAAAAGCCGGGCACCUAUCACGGCGAAGCUGCUAGCGAAUCUCAUAUCAGUUGCCGGAGCGGACCACGUCAUUACCAUCGAUUUACAUGCAUCACAAAUCCAAGGUUUCUUCAACAUCCCAGUGGACAAUUUGUAUGCUGAACCAGCUAUCACUAAGUGGAUCAAAGAGAACAUUCCAGAAUGGAAGAGCAGUGUGAUGGUGUCUCCAGAUGCUGGCGGUGUUAAGAGAAUGACUGGCAUCGCCGAUAGGUUAGACAUUGAUUUUGCCAUCAUCCAUAAAGAAAGGCAGAGAGCCCAUGAAGGAGAUUCAACCGUUCUAGUUGGAGAUGUUAAGAAUAGAAUAGCAAUUAUGGUUGACGACUUGGCUGACACUUGUGAUACAAUCGUCAAAGGCGCGGAAGCAUUGCGUGAAGCUGGUGCUAGUAAAAUCUAUGCGAUAUUGACUCACGGAGUGUUUGCUGGUAACGCUAUUGAAAAGAUCAAUAACUCUUAUUUGGAAGGUAUUGUUGUGACGAAUACGAUACCACAGGACAAGCAUAUGAAGCUUUGUCCGAAGUUGCAAACGAUUGAUAUAUCUGUGAUGUUGGCCGAAGCGAUCAGGCGUACACACUACGCUGAAUCCGUUUCUUAUUUAUUCACUAAUGUUCCUUAUUAAUGUUAUAUAACAGAGAAAAAUAUAUUGUAAUUAUUCUAGAAUAAGUACAGACAGCCUUCAGUUAAAUAGCUCCGAAGGUAAUAUUAAAUAGAAAUUGUGAAAUUAUAA